AUGUCACAAGAUUCCUCGAAUUCCGCCAUCAAGAAUGGCCAACCCAACGACUCCAAGCUCGAGAAUGCCAACAGCAAUGGCACGCCCAAACCCCAACAUCCAGACGAACCCACCAAAUACCGCCUCCCCUUCACCCUCUGGCUCGCCGACCACUUCACCUGGUCCUGGUUCACCUGCACGCAAUCCACCGGCGGCGUCGCCACCCUCCUCUCCGAAUGCCCCAAACAAUUCCACGGUCUAUACACCAUCGGCGUCAUAAUUUUCAUCUUCAACAUCAUCCUUUGGAUUGCCUUUACCUCCUUGAUGGCACUGCGAUGGUACGCCAACCCGUCCACGAUAAAACGUUGCUUCACGCAACCGCCGGAAUGCUUCUUCUUCGGAUCCUUCUGGCUAUCCGUCGCGACGAUGGUAAUCAACAUGCAACGCUACGGCGUGCCGCAUUCUGGGGCCUGGCUGGUGGGGGCUGUGAGGGUGUUAUUUUGGAUUUAUGCCGCUUGCAGUAUCUCGGUGACGAUGGUGCACAUCGUUGUGAUUUCGAAGUAUACACCGUUCUCAGCCAUCGCGUUCGCGCCGCCGAUGUUCAUCCUCAUCUUGAACGCGAUGUUGACGGGGACGGUCGCGGCGGCGAUUGUAGAGAGUCAGCCAGAACACCAUCGGCUGAGCAUUAUGGUGGCGGGGGUGGGGUAUCAGGGUCUGGGGUGGAUUGUGUGUACAAUGUUCUUGACGUUGACGAUGGCGAAUUUGCUGGAGAAGGGGUGGCCGGCGCCGAAUGUGAGGAGUGGGCUAUUUAUUAUGGUGGGGACGAGUGGGUUUACGAUUGUGGCGUUGAUUGGAAUUGCGAGAGGUGCGCCCGAGGGGUAUGCGUAUUUCGCUGCGCAUCCGAUGGCGAAGGAGAUUUUGGUGGUUGUGGCGACGUGGGUUGGGGUGUUUAUGUGGGUGUUUUCGUUUUGGGUAUUUGGGCUGGCGUUACUGGUGAAUUUGGUGGAGCUGAUGAAGAGAGAUGAGGAAGGGAAGUGGAGGGUGAAUGUGCAGUUUACGAAUACUUCGUGGGCGUCGAUCUUCCCGAAUGUUGGAUGGACGUUAUCGACGAUCUAUCUGGGGCAGGAGUUUGAGAGUGAGGGGAUUAUUUGGGUGUCGGUGGCGAUGACUAUACUGCUGGUGGCGUUCUGGUUGCUGGAGUUGUUUUUGAUGAUGAGGGCCGUGGCCAGGUCGAUAUUUGUGGAUGCCAGGAUCAAGAUGGCCUGA